UUCAUCUUCCCAUUUCUUUUCUUCUCUUCUUUGAGGUCGAUUCUGAAAUUCAUCAUGCACAUGCACUGGAUCAGAGAAACUUGUCUUUCUCUGAAUCCUGGCCUCAGAUUUGCUAUCCAUUCCACCUUUUGAUAAAAUACACUUACUUCAGACCAGUUAUUUUAUUUGUAUCUUUUACUCUUUUUGUCCUGCUAUAAAUUCAGUAUUAUGUUUAUUACACUGUUGAGAAACAUCAUGUUGAUCACGGUUUGACUUUUAAAAAUAAACAGAGUUUCUUGGACUUUUUUGGAAGUCUAGGUAUGGAUGAUUUGGCCAGAGAUUGAGUUUUGUAUAAUUACUUUUUAAUCCUUUUAAUAUUUAGGGUUUUAGCUUUAAUUAAGACAAUGAGCCUCAAAUUUCGGCUGAAAACAAAAUAAAAUUCUGCAGCAUUUCAUUUGUAUUCUGGAUCAUUUCAACUUCAACCUGUCGUCAAAAUCAAAGCUGUCUCUCUCUCGAUCUUUUUUUGUUUUUGUUUUUGUUCUUAAUCUGUAAAUUUCAAAAUGUUUCGUAGAGCAGAGAGCUUUUGUCGUAGCUUCUUACAGACAUCACAGAACUUGCGGAGAGAUAGAAAAGAAGUAAUGGGCAUAGGAGUGUUGGGUUUGAUACCAGUUUCAUCACCAGACAGUCUAAAGAAAGUACUUCAAACACUCUCGGGGAAAUGGGGAGACGUAGUGGAAGAUCUCGAGAGGAUUCAGGUGAAACCCAUGAAAGGUGCAAUGACUAACCAAGUUUUCAUGGUGAACUGGCCCACUAAGGAUAACCAUUUUCACCACAGGAAGCUUCUUGUUCGAGUUUAUGGCGACGGAGUUGAUCUCUUCUUCGACAGGAAAGACGAGAUUCGUACGUUCGAGAUUGUCUCUCGGUACGGCCACGGUCCUAGACUCCUUGGUCGGUUUGCUGGCGGUCGGAUCGAGGAGUUUAUCCAUGCCCGGACUUUAUCGACCGUUGAUCUACGUGAUCCGCAACUAUCUGCUCUCAUUGCAGCUAGACUAAGAGAAUUUCAUGGUAUAAAGGUUCCUGGUGAUGGAAAUGUGCUCCUUUGGGAUAGGAUGAGGAAUUGGCUUGGACAAGCCAAGAGUCUGUGUACACCUGACGAUUCAGCAGAGUUUGGUCUAGACAACAUUGAAUCUGAGAUCAACUUGCUGGAACAUGAGCUGCAAUAUGAGUAUAAGCAGCAGGAGAUUGGGUUUUGUCACAAUGAUUUGCAGUAUGGUAACAUCAUGAUUGAUGAAGACACCAAUUCCAUUACUAUAAUUGACUACGAGUAUGCUAGUUAUAACCCAGCUGCAUACGACAUAGCAAAUCACUUCUGUGAAAUGGCUGCAAAUUACCAUUCUGACACUCCCCAUAUCUUGGAUUACUCUCUGUACCCAGGAGAAGAAGAACGGAGGAGAUUCAUUGGUAACUAUCUCAGAUCUUCAGGGGAGGACCCUAGAGAAGAAGACAUAAAACAGCUCUUGGAAGAUGCUGAGAAGUACACAUUGGCAAGCCAUCUCUUCUGGGGAUUAUGGGGAAUCAUCUCUGGGCAUGUGAACAAGAUCGAUUUCGAUUACGCUGAGUACUCAAGACAGAGAUUCAAACAGUACCUGAUUCGAAAACCCCAACUCUUGUGUUCCUUUACCAAUAAGAUGUAUGAAUAACUCUUGUUUUUAAACACAAAAUGAUGUAAUGAAAAGUUGUAACAAAAUCUAACCAAUUUCUAAAAGGGCAAUUGUCAAUAAUAGCACCUUUUGAAGUUUA